UUACACAUACUAGGCCUUUAAAAUAGGUAUCUGGAUGCGAAUAAUAAAGCAUGUUUCAGUUAAUUGAUCAAGUAUGUGUCAUAGCUAUACCAGGAUUCGAUGUUCUACCACAGACGUUGUCAUUUUCUAUACAAUUCUCAGAAGGUAGGAACCAUGUAGGCUCAAGUGAUGAAUGUGGAACACAGAUGUGCAUCCAGUGUGUGGGUCUGUGUGUGUACAGUGUACGCUACAGCUUUCGCAUUGUGUGAUACGUCAUUGCGAUCCAUGAGAAUUCUCUCAGCUCCCCAUAUCGCGACUCCAGCCGCUCCUCGACUCCGCAACGGUUUCGACUAGACAGUAUCACCAGCCUCUGUACAUCAGCAUAACACCAUGGUACAUCUAAUGGGACAAUCAAAGCGUUUGAUUCCAUUUGUAUCGUCACGCUGAGGUUGGAGAGAAGGACAUAUUUCCACCCAGAAGUGAAAAUCAACGCCCAACGAAAUGACAACCAAGGAAUCCGAGGACAUUGGUCUCUCCAUACCACUGUGCAUGUACAACGGGGCUUCCCAAACCAACGGUACCUGCAUGGACCAAAUAAACCGCUUCUUCCAACCGUUCUCCUCGACCUUUGCGCUGAUGGUGCUGGUGGCCAUGAUCAUUGGGAUAAUUUUGGUUUCCCUGGCAGCAUUUCACUUUAACAAAAGGAGGAUGAAGAAAAGGAAGAUCCAGCGAGCUCAGGAGGAAUACGAGCGUGACAACCGCAGCCCGUCAACUAAGAGGGAGCCGGUGAGACCAAGCAUUAUUGUCCGACCUUCGCUUCAAGAUAACGAACACCGGCCGAACUCCGAUGUCCAAAUAACAAGUUGUCACAUUCAGGAGGACCCUGGUACCUUACGCAUAGCAAAUAACGUGACAGAAUUGAAUUUCGCACACACUGGACAAGGAAACGGACAUAUGCUGGAAACUGUUGUCUCGUCUUGAUAAAAUUGAAAGUGUUGGGACGUUGUAAAUAGACAACAUAUCCACGUUAACGUUCAGAUGUAACUGACUGAAAGAAACUCUCAACAUCAAUUUGGGAUUAACUGGGAAAAGCAAUAUGGCACAAAAACAAACAUAUGUCCUCAAGGAUAUAUGUUUGCCAUUUUCAUCAUAAAUCACACGAGUGGAUUGAUAUCUGUGCCACGUUUGUAAAUCGUGUAUAAAAUUAGAAUAAGUAAGUAUAAAUAUAUUUGUGGGUUAAUUUCUGCAACGACCAUUUAGUAAAGUAGGCAAUUGUAAAUUGAAGACGGCGUUAAGGGGAACGAGGCCAGCUAGAAUGAGUUCUCUCCGUGGUGCUGAAAUGUAGAUACGUAUUGAUGUGCCGCUAGCACUUUUCAUUGUGCAGAUGUAAAUUGCUAGUUGUCUUUAAAAUAUUCUAAAAUAUGUAUUUCUGCGACUAGUAUGCUACUCCUGGACUUGCGAUUUGUAAAACUGGAAUUCAACCUAAAGGAAUAUUUCCGAAGAUCUUCACUCAACCUUCUUAAAAUAUGUAGCCCACCACGACAUAAGACGCUUUAAAAAUCUUUCAGUACCUUCUGUCAGAUGUUAAGUGACAUAGCACAUUUGAUGUAAUAUGCCCCAGCGACCACGCAUUCCUUUUAGCGGCAAUCAAUGUUAUUGUGUUUGUAUGCUACAAUGCUUUCAGUUGGAGAGCAGGUAGACAUAGAAAGAUAUCCUAAAGGGAAUUCGACAAUUGGCAUGUGCUUGGACAUUUGACGUAAGUUUAAUGUAGUAAAAACGAAUAUUUUUUUCAAAUGAUUGACUAGAUCCCGCAAACCUACUCCAGGCUUUUGGAUCUGUUCAAAGUUGGCCAAUAAGCUGCAGUAAUUUGUUGCAAUUAAACAGUGCAUAUUGCAUUUAUGAAUCACCUCGAAUCCUUAUUUUCAGACUAACAUCAUUUUUAUUAAACUAUGUGUUUUUAUUGGUAGUUCUACUGGUAGAUAUAAAGGACAUCCUCAUCCUUUCCUAAAUGUCUUUAAGACAACUGUGUAGGUUUCAGCAUGUGUGACUUCCAGUAGGGCACAAUGCAUUUGGUUUGUAGUAAUGCACUAUUCCCGAUUAUUUUACUUUUAUGUGCCAGAUGAUGGUAGCUGUAAAUCCUAAUAGCCUAUAGCAGUUUCAGUAUUUAUAAUGUAUCCACUGAAAUGUAAUAAAUGGGGAAUCAUAAAAACAUUUUAAUGCAUUUUUCUUUGUCAUGAAGUGACAUUUCAUGUCUCCUGUCUACUUUGAACGAUGUUACAUCAAACCCAAUAUUUUAAAGAUUUGUUAGAUUUUUAGCCCAUUAAUUCUGAAAGUAGUUGUGAAGAGCCAAAACAUUUCUCAGAGAAUUAAUUACUAUAGCAUUUCUGUGCUAAUCUUGUUCCCAGACUCUUCAUCCCAAAUCUGCAGAAAGCCUGUUAGUCCAAUACCUUGGCCUUCAUUAAAAUACAGAGUGCCAAGGGAGCUGACUCAAUACACCACUGACUCAGGGCAGAAUGUGCAGUUGCAGCUUCUUUAAAACUUGUAAAUUGUGACAAAAUAUUAACUUACUGACAAAACCCAUCUCCUUUCUGUCGAUGUAAAAUGAUCAGAUUAAGACCUCCUCAGAUUUCUGGAGAUAUGUUGGUAGAUGUGUUGUCGUUGAUAUGUAACAUGCUGGGAGUCGUGGGAAGAAGCUGCUAAGGAAACUGAUUUGCUAAAACGUAGGUCCCUCCCAUACAAUUGUAUGGUCACUCCCACUAAGGCCAAUUCUGAGUGGUUUAUUAUAUGCACGUCGCACAAUAGCCUGGAGACAAGGUUACACAGUAUCUGUGCAGAAUUAUCAAGCAUCACAUUUCUCUGUGGGCAUCUUUUCAGCGGUCAUUCAAAUGUUCUGGGCUGAAGCUCAAUAGGUAGACCGCGGCUGGCCCACACGGGGUCUCUCAAUUGAGCAUCAGCCCACACCAUGGUGUCGCACAAUGCUCACAGCCUCCAGCAAACAGUCCCUUUCCAACAUCUGUCAUUAGUUACCACAGCCACAGCUAUUGCUUAACCACGACUAAUUAUAGAUUGUUGCUAUUAUUCUUAAAUGUACACUAGCAUUCAAAACUUUGGGGUCACUUAGAAAUGUCCUUGUUUUUUCCAUUAAAAUAACAUCAAAUUGAUCAGAAAUACCGUGUAGACUUAAUUAAUGU